AAAAUGACUAACAAAUCAAUCUUUAUCACCGGAGCUUCUGGCUACAUUGGCGGAUCGAUACUGUCCAACCUUCUUCGCACCAAGGAGCAAUGGGCGACGAGCCUUCACAUAUCGGCAUUAGUUCGAACAGAGGUGCAAGCAGAAAUAGUGACGAAGCUUGGAGUUUCUCCUGUCAUGUUCAAGAGCUUUGAUGAGCUAGAACGACUCGAACAAGUCGGCGAAGAAUAUGACAUUAUCAUUCAUGCAGGAGCCGGCUGGCAUACUGCCUCCGCAAAGGCCUUGAUUACCGGCCAAGGUCGCCGACGCCAGAAGUCCAGGACGAAAGUUCACUAUUUCCAGAUUUCAGGAACUUCAAACCUCAGCGAUCGUCCCCAUACAGCCGGGUAUGUGAAUACUAAUUUGUUCUCCGACGAGGAAGAUAUCUUCUCGUACGAAAAGUACCGGGAGUCUUGCGAGGUCUAUCUUCAGAGGACGACCGAUAUUGCGGUAGUAGAAACCGGCGAAGCAUGGGACGUGACAACCUAUAUUGUCAUGGCGCCCACAAUCUUUGGGCUCGGAUCCGGCCCUAUCAACCGCUAUUCUAUUCAGCUACCGUCGUUGAUCGCGGAUGCCCUGAAAGAUGGGGGCUGCAGCGUUGUGGAAACUGGCCAGACAGUUUGGAGUCAUGUUCAUAUUGAAGACCUAUCGACUCUUUUUGUGGUCUUGGUUCAAAAGAUCAUAGAGGACACCCCUAUUCCAUCCGGCCGUCGAGGCAUAUACUUCUGCGAAACGGGAGAACAUACCCACUUCGAGUUCUCUGAACGGCUUGCAAAAGCGGGUUUUGAGCUCGGUCUGUUCAAGUCGGCGGAGGUUAAAACAAUCAGUCUUCAACUGGCUGGCGAUAAAUGGGCGUUUGGAAAUCCAUCUCGCGCGGAGUUGGCCUUUUCUUCAAAUGCUCGAACGAAGGCAACUAUCGGCCGCCAAAUUGGUUGGUCACCUUCACACGAUGGCGAAUGGGAAUCCACGUUCCAUACAGAGUUGAGGGAAUUCUUGAAAAGUCCACCGGCAAAGAGGGAUAUUCCACAGGUGCUCUUGCACAAAAAGUAA